AUGCAAUUGAUGGAUAACUUUGAAUGGUUUUGCCAACCCUGUCAGGACGCUAGAUUAUCAAACAAUGUUCCAGAUAACACUGGUGAUUGUGUACAACACAAAGACGACUACCUCGAAAGGUUUGCUGCCUCUUUGAAUACUUCGCACAACGAUCUACGCAUCGCGCAUCUCAAUGUAUGCAGUCUUCGAAAUAAAAUAGAAGAUAUCCGUCUUCUACAGAAAAUUUGCAGAUUCGAUGUCCUAGCAAUCGGCGAAAGCCAUUUAAACGCCUCAAUACCUGAUAAUGUACUACAAAUUCCUGGUCUUAAAUUCAUACGUUGUGAUAGAUCUCAACGUAAAGGCGGCGGCGUGAUCAUGUAUUAUGCUGAACAUUUAUCCGUUACUCAUCGCAGAGAUUUGGCAGCCUCAGACAUUGAAGCUCUCUGGAUACAGGUUAAAUUUCCUACAAACACUACUCUGUUCUCCGUAAUCUAUAGGUCUGAGCUAGAGUCCACGAAUUUCUUCGAAAGCUUUCGUGGAGCCCUCGAAAAAGCUUGGCUUAAAACUGACAGCAUCUUUAUACUUGGCGAUUUUAACUGUUGUUUAUUAAAUAGGGACCCUGACGGCAUACCUACUUUGGGCAAAACGAAGAAGCUGAUAGAGACCUUUGAAGACUUCAAUAUGCAAAACAUUAUCUCUCAACCGACUAGAAUAACAUCCACAACAUGGCCCUAAUUGACCUUAUUGUUACAACUAAAGCAAACAUGGUUCGUCAAUGCGGCGUGCUGCCAUUGGGCAUAUCUGAUCACAGUUUAGUUUACGCCACCUUGAAGUUGAAAUCCAAAAGACCCCCUCCGAAGAUUGUCCGCUCAAGAAACUUCAAGAGAUGUAACAUUCAAGAUUUCAAGAAAGAUAUCGAACGAAUACCUUUUCACGUACUGGAUAUAUUUGAAGACAAAGACGACGUCCUUUGGGGCUGGAAUCUUUUGUUCAACGAUGUUUGUGAUGCCCAUGCCCCCUAUAAAGACGUCAAGGUUCGCAGCGUCUGUUCACCAUGGAUUAACAGCGAAAUAAGAUUAAAGAUGAACAAACGGUUUAAAUUAUUCAAAGUAGCCACUCGCACAAAAAGAUCCGGUCAAAUGGAAGGAAUACAAAAGAUUACGUAA